UUAAUGAAAAUAUCAACCAGUUUAUAAUUAAAACAAAAAUUACUUCCUUUAUAUUAAUAACAAAACGCAUUAGUUAUUUAAUACAAAAAUGAAAUUUUGUGAAAUAUUAUUCUUUUUUAGUGUAUGUUUAAUUCAACCAGGAUUAUUUAAAUCACAAUUCCCGUCAUUCAUAAACGUUUGUAAGCGAAAUUCAGAUUCAGAUGCACUCAAAUGUGUCCUUGAUAAUGUAGAACGUUGUCGUGAACAUCUCGCUAAAGGCAUUCCUCGUUUAGUCAUACCACCAAUGGAUCCUCUAAUCGUGCCUUCAUUAGACAUCAUAGGACAUAACCUAAAUAUUAACCUCAAAAACUUAAACGUGCACAAUCUACUUGCACUCAACGUAGCUGGAGGCGAUUUAAAACUAGGACAUUCACUAGUAUUAAAUCUCACAGUUCCGUAUGUAUUUACCAAGUUCCAAUAUGAAGCUGAUGGAAAAUUACUAGGAUUGGUUUUCAAAGGAGAUGGAGAUGGCUACGUCAAUGCUAGUGAUGUAACAAUAAACAUCGAAGCAAAAAGUCAUCCAGUACAUAGAAACCAACAAACAUAUUUGGACAUUGAUUAUAUUCAUGUUGAGUAUAAAGCUAAAACAGGCAUGAUAAAUAUCGAAAAUUUAUUCAAAAAACAAGACGAACUUAAUGCGGCUACUAAUAAAUUAAUUAACGAUAAUUUCAAUGCAUUUGAUAAUGAAAUUGCACCUGAUAUUGCUAAAUCUAUUUCGGCGUUGAUUGAAUCCAUUGCAAGAAAUUUGUUUGAAAAGUUUAGUUAUGAUGAAAUGUUUCCAGAAAAUUAA